AUGACGAGACUCGCCAUCGACACGUCGUCGAUUGGCAGCAGCACACAGCUGCGACUCGCCACGGUACAUGCGCCGGCAGACACGGCAGACACGGUCCCCUCUGCCCACGAGCUGCUCUCUCUCAUCGACUACCAGCACGUUCCGCCCCACCUCGUCUCGGAGCGAACGCAGCAGCUGCAUGUGGACACCCGCUGCAGCAAGCAGGACGUCCGGGAUACGGUGUCGUUUGUGGAGACACUGUUCAAAAGCAGUCUGGCGACACGCCGACUGGUGUCGCUGCUCCUCACAACAGACACGCCGGGCGUCUUUGGCGUCGUGUUCCCGGAGCUCUCCCCCGCCGGACCCUACGCCCUGCGACUGGCCCACAUCGACUUCACCGACGAGUACGUGUCGUCCCUGCUGCACCCGCAAACGCCCCUGCGACAGCCGCAAACGAGCGUCGUGGAGCCCCAGUCCACUCUCGCAAGAAGCUUGAACGCCCACAUCAUCCGUCGCAAGAGCAAGUCCGCAACGGCCCUCCCCAUUUCGACUACAGCUACAACCACUCCGGCGUCGACCACACCGUCGACCCCUGCCUCCCUGGUGCCGUCGUCUCCGCCUUCCUUCACGUCAGCGGCGUCCCGGGACACGCUCAGGUCAGACAACUUCAUUCCGCUGCUGGAACGGCUCAUCCGAGGCGAGUUCCGCAUGCGCCGCCUCGAUUCCCGCCUGGACCAGAAUACAUUACGACGGCUGGAGAAGCUGUUGAUACGAGCAGUGCUCUUCAGGUUCCGUGGACGACCCGGACUGCAGCCCAGCGUCUCCGACCAGAGACACACCCCCGUCGGCGUCUCCGUGGCGGAGAUAGAGGGCAUUCUCGACACACUCAUACCGCUUCUCCUAUGA